AUGAUGGAUAGCAGCAAUGUGUCGACAAGCAAGAUUCAAGAACUAGAAAAGCUGAAGGAAAAUCUCAAACAGGCUAAAGAUGAUGCUAUGCAAUCAUGGUUAGAUUCCCAGCCAUUAAUCGACGAGCUUGAAAAGAUGCAGGCAGAUUUAUCAAGCGUAAAAUCACGAGUUAUUAAAGCAAACGCUGUCAUUUCAGAGCUUCAACCUCAACUAGGGACUACGGAUAUGUGCAUAAAGUCUACAAAGGAGGAAGAAUUAAAGAUGAAAAAAAUCAUCGACGACAAAAGUGAAGAUCUGGAGAGAACGCAGGAAGAAAUGGAAAAACUCAAAACGAAAAUUGAUGAACAGCAACGAAAAAGAACGAAACUCAAACAAGUGUUAAGGCUUAAGAGGCAAAGUCUUUUGACAUUGCAACUCACUCAUGAAGCAAUACAGUUGGAGUCACAAGCAUUUGAAAAAUCAGCUGCACAUGCACUUAGCUACAUCAGUAAUAAAUCGGAGGGUGUGGUUAAUAUUGUAGUCCAGUUGACUCAAGAUGAAUAUCACAUGUUAAAAAGAAGGUCUAGAGAACAAACUUCACUAGCAGAAAGGCGUAUAUCGGUAUCCAUGGAGCAAAAACUUGUGGCGGAGAACAGCCGGGACUACUCCUUUAGAAGGUUGCAGCAACUAUAUUCCCACCACAGAUCGAGCAAAAGAAGAAUGGAAGAAAAUAGAAGUCCUAAUGAAGGUUUUGGGGGUCUUACAGAAGAGCAAUAUGCAAGUAUCAGAGAAGUUACUCCAAGGAAUCAACAGAAAUUCAAAAGUAACAACGGCAACUUUUUAGUCAAGAAAAAGAAAAGUUCCAUUUUCUAUCGAAUAAGGAGUUGUUUUGCUCAAAAAUUUAGAAAAUAUUUUAAAUGA